AUCCCGCACAAGCUUCGAUCCAUUAUGGCAUUCCAAGGGAGUGUCAGACUCUGGACUGUAGCUUUACUCCUGCUUAACAUCUCUCUGUUCUCUAAAAACUUUGGUAUUAAAGCCGACGAUGAUGCAGGGCCUUGCGAGGACGGAUACGGGGGAGCCGGGGGUGGAGCCGGAGGUGGCGGGGCGGGGUUUGGUGGUGCCGCCGGAAAUGGAGUUGACUGUGGCAGUGGGGCUGGGUAUGGCGGUAGUCCUGGAGGUGGACUUGGAGGAGGAGGUGGUGGUGGUGGGGCUGGGUUUGGUGGGGGUCGCGGAGGCGGAAUUGGUGGUGGGGCUGGGUUUGGCGGCGGAGGCAGAGGCGGAGUAGCUGACCCUGGAGAAAUCGCGUCCGAAGCCCUUCUGUGUUUGCAUGAUAAAUACCAGAUAUAUAAGAGCUGUGAAGAAUCAAGUAGACUGAACGAGAAAGGAUACCUGAACGUGCCGCCGGAGAAGACGGAGGAGUUCUGCGAAGGGCCAUGCGCUUCGGAGACAAGCUUGGUGCUGAGCUGCAUAAAGAACACAUUCAGCGACUUCUUGUUCGCCAACAAGGCAACCAUAAAGGACGUCGAGGAAACUAUCACAGCAGGAUGUGGAUAUGGCCCUGAAAGAGGAGACUUCGAUGUGGCAAAGCACAUCCAGAAUUAUGGAGGAAUUAACAGGGGAAGCAAAGGCGCCAAUAAUGUUCAACUUAUAUGGGUGAUUGCCUUCAUCUUAACGGGGGCUCUCGCUUUUGUAUAAAUUUUGAUUUUGAUGCUGCUCAUCACUGCCCAAUCAAUUCAUUUUGGUGUAUGCAUGGGUGCUAUUAUCAUAAUACAUGACUGAUUAUUGUUUGAA